GGAUGACGCUAUCACGCCGGACAUUGCUACUACUUUUGUUAAGACACAUGCAAAGGAAAAGAAAUAGAUUAAAAUGGUCUAGAUAUAUAAAUAAUCUCUGAUCGCCAAUUGUGCUGAAGAAAAUGCCUUCUUUAGCCACCACUUCUGCCUUUGAUAACAUUCAUCACUCUCCAGUAUGGCACCAAGACAGUUCAAAGUCGUCAUUGUCGGCGGCAGUGUUGCCGGCCUCUCUCUUGCAUUAAUGCUAGAGCAAAAUGGAAUCGACUUCGUGGUGCUUGAGGCAUACCCCGAGAUCGCACCCCAAGUUGGUGCCAGCAUCAGCAUCCAGCCGAACGGCAUGCGCACGCUCGCCCAGCUUGGCUGUGCCGAUGCUGUUUUGGAACAAGCACAAUACCCCGUCGAUAAAGUUAUUUUCCGCGACUCCAACGGUGAAGAGCUAAGCACCUUGGGUGGCUUGACCAAGACCAUCGUCGACCAAUACGGCUAUCCUAUCAUAUUUCUCGACCGCAGAAUGCUCAUCCAAAGCAUGUAUGACAAAAUCCAGGAUAAGUCAAAAGUGUUGACCUCGCAGCGUGUCGUCACGGUGGAAAACUUGCCUAACAGCGUGGCCGUCACAACCGCUGCAGGCAAAACCUUUACCGGAGACAUUGUUAUUGGCGCAGAUGGUAUUCACUCCAAGGUUCGCAGUGAAAUGUGGCGAAUCGCACAAAAUAAGAUUCCUCUAUGGGUGGACGCUGCCGAGCAGCAAGAGGUACCUUGCACCUAUGUCUGUAUAUUUGGCAUCUCUGAGGGAGUUAAGGGUAUUGAAAAGGGAACAAUGACCUCUGUCUUCAACGAGCAUUUUUCGUACUUGGUGCCCAGUGGACCGGGGGACAAGACCUACUGGUUUCUUGUUAGAAACCUAGGAAAGACGGUUUAUGGAGACGACAUUCCGCGAUUCACAAAGGACGAAGAGUAUACUUUUGCCAAGCAGCACUUUAACGACCAGAUCACACCCACACUCAAGUUUGUGGAUCUUUACAAAAGCAAGACUGCAUCCGUGUACACCACUCUGCCGGAAUACGUGUACAAGCAAUGGUACUCGGAACGAAUUGUGACGGUUGGCGAUUCCUGCCACAAGUUUGAGCCGCUCACCGGCCAGGGCGGAAACAACGCCAUCGAAACCGCUGCCAGUCUCGUCAACAACCUCGUCGCCGCAUUGAAAGAAACUCCCGACAAGCCUCUUUCAACGGUACGAAUCGUCGAAGCCUUCAAAGCCACGCAGACUCAGCGAGAAGAUCGUGUAUGGACACUUGUCCAGGCGGCACACACUCGCCAGAGCGUGGAGUGCAUGGAAACGCCGGUUAAGAAGUUUAUCGCGCGAAAGGUUCUUCCCAACAUACCCCGAUGGAUGAUGAUGACUCGCUUCAUCGGUAACUAUGCGCCGGCGCCGUCGCUCAACACCCUUCCUCACAAGAUCAAGGCACAUGCCGUUCCGUAUCACGACGAACUAUUGCGCCAGCCAAAGUCGCGUGCACGGGGAGUGACUCUGUUCUUACUGGCAACCUAUGUGCUACUUGCGCUUGUUGCAAGACAUUUUCUUUUCACUGCCGGCAAUUCAAAUGGCACGUUUGGUUUGAUUCGUGAAGCACUCGUCCAAGGCGUCGUUCCCGGAGGCGAUGCACCACUUCGCCGCAGCUACACUGGUGCGGCGGGAAUCGACAAGCUGCUUGGGUUCCUCGUAACCAUGUUUCUCCCAGCAGUCAAUGGAGCUGUAGGUCCACAGCAGAGUGUGCAACUAAUGUAUUUCAUGUCGACCCUGGUUCCUCUAUUGGCCAUUAUGACUCUUGAAGGCUUCCGCCCGCGGAAUAGCCUGACAUUGGUUGCCAUACCGAGCGUCUGGGGCCUACUAUUCCAACUUGGCGGCAUUGGCUUCGUCGGCCAAUUGUACUUUUUCUUCAGCCUUUACGCGGCAGGCCACGUCAACUACUAUAUUCGCCAGGAACGGGAAAUUUCCGCGUCAGUUUCCAAAGCCGUCCUGCCUGCUAUCAUCGUCGGAUUUGUUCUCCCUUCUCUUUCCCUCUUCUUUCCCACAACCAACAUGCAUCUACACCAAGGCGCAAUCGCCCUGUGGCAGCCAAUGCCAGUCGUCAUCGGCCUGAUCACCAGGCUAUUCUCGUGGAUUAUCCGCAGAUUGCAGCCCAGCGCUAAGCAUACAAGCACAGACACGGGCAAGAACUUCAAGACAAUGUAUCUAAUCACAGGAAUGAUUGCUGCAGCUGUCCACUUGACAGUAGUCUUCAACUGCAUUACGUCGAAAGAUCUCUCUUUGGCACGCAUCUUCUUGCCCAGUGGCGACUCAUUCGCACCGAAGGAUAUUGGCCAUGGUGUUCUUAUCUUCUUCCAGUACGACUUUCUCCUGUGCACUUUGGGAUUCCUCAUCUGGGGUGGUGUGACCAUGUGGGAUCUUUACCGAUUCGGCCUGUCAAGUAUCUCGCCUCUGGUAGCCAUCGGUGGAAUCCUGGCUGCUUCUGCUGUUAUUGGUCCCGGAGCAGUAAUAGCUAGUGUAUGGUUUUGGCGUGAGCGAGCCAUGAGUGGUGCAGCCUGGAAGUCAACAAAUGGGAAGCUGACGACGGUGGUCGCGCAAAAGGGUGUAAAGAGUUAAUCAUGCUGUCGUGGGUUUCUUAGUCGUAGUUUUAUCUUUGCUCUCAACAUAUGUUAUAGAUUAAUUCCGGAUGAACCGUGCAGUGUUCCAUACGACUCUCUCAACGUCCUGUUUUCGAAACCCGGCAGCGCAGCCCAGUGAUACAGUGAACGGUUUCAUAGCUACUCGGUAUUGUUAGUGCUGU